UUUACUAGGCAUCGAUGUACCGCAAAUUCGUGGCAUUUAAUGCAUAGACAGCUGCUUACUGAUGGUUAUUCAAAUAGGUGUUGCUUGAUCAAAUUUAUAUUAUAAGAUCAUAUCAUGUUGGUCUUCUGUGAUAUUUUGGAUUUCAAAGUACUUAUAUUUGCUUGUUUAAUGACGUUUUUGCCAAACAAUUUAGCAAAUAAUGCAAACGAAGGCGCGGUAUCCCUCACUCAACAAAAUAUCGAUAUGACGCUUGCAACAAAUGAAUUGGUAUUAAUAAAUUUUUAUGCACAAUGGUGUCGUUUUAGUAAUUCGUUAGCCCCUAUUUUUGAAGAAGCUGCAAAUAAAAUAAGAAAUGCAUUUCCUGAACCAGGAAGAGUUGUAAUGGCAAAAGUAGAUUGUGAAAGAGAAUCUGGCAUUGCAUCAAGAUUUCACAUUACUAAAUACCCAACCUUAAAAGUAAUAAGGAAUGGUCAACCAACCAAACGAGAAUACAGAGGUCAACGAUCAGUAGAAGCCUUCGAAGAAUUUAUAAGGAAACAAUUAGAGGAUCCUAUUAAGGAAUUUUACGAUUUAAAGGAAUUAACCAACUUAGAUGAUAAAAAGAGAAUGAUCAUUGGAUAUUUUGAUAGAAAGGAUGUUCCUGAAUAUGGGAUGUUUAGAAGGGUUGCCACUAAUCUAAAGGAUGAUUGUCAAUUUCAUGUUGGAUUUGGCACAUGCUCAGCUCAGAAUUGUGAAAUUGGGGAACAUUUUCACUUUUUGAAUGCAAGCAAAGCUAUGCACCCCCCAGGAGAACCUAUAAUUGUCUUCCGAUCUGAUAAGGCACUUUCUAAUGAUGAGGAUGAAACAUACCAUGGAAGUUUGAAUAACUUUGAUGAAUUAAAUGUUUGGGCACAAGAGAAGUGUGUUCCUUUGGUGAGGGAAAUCACAUUUGAAAAUGCUGAGGAAUUAACAGAGGAAGCUUUACCCUUCCUCAUAUUGUUUCAUGCCCCUGAUGAUGUUGAGAGUGUUAAAAUGUAUAAAGAUGUAGUAAUGAGAACAUUAAUUGAUGAAAAACAAAAUGUAAAUUUCUUAACUGCAAAUGGGGUGAAAUUUGCUCAUCCUCUCCAUCAUCUAGGAAAGACUCCAGCAGAUUUGCCUCUAAUUGCCAUAGAUAGUUUUAGACAUAUGUACCUGUUUCCAAACUUCCAUGAUAUUCAUAUAGAAGGAAAAUUAAAAGGUUUUCUACAAGAUUUAUAUUCAGGAAAGUUACACAGAGAGUUUCAUUAUGGGCCAGAUCCUAGUAGUAAUGAAGUACCACAAGUUGUUGGACAAAUUAAGGUGCCUACAACCCCACCAGAAUCUACAUUUAAGAAACUAGCACCUAGUAAAAACAGGUACACAUUACUCAAGGAUGAACUGUAAUGAUAGGUUUAAUAUCACUCAGGAUGUUAAGAUUUGUAUAAUUUCGGUUAUCCAAUUUGUUAGUUAUUCACAGUUAUUUACAGUAAUGGAAUCCAAAUUUGAUGUAUUAUUAAAUUGAAAACUUAAUCGAUGUUAUAGUAGUGAUAAUAUUUUUUUUUUAAAUCAUUUUCACAGUAUUGUCAUAAAAUUAGAUGCUUAUUUGGUUUAUUUUAAAUGGGGAAAAGAAUUUUCGCGGUCAAUAUCAUAUUAAGAAUUUCAAAGAAAGAAUAUAAUUCUACCAAAUGUUAUAUACAGUACAUUAAAACCCUAAUCUGUAAAAAAAUUAUCCACGAUAUAUAUAAUUGGAACCUUCGUACGGGUUUCAUUGCAGGAAAUAUACAUAGUAGAUUUUAUUCUAUUUUUACAUAACAUGUGCUUUUUGUAUCAUGAUUCUUUUAUUAUUAAAUAUAAAGAAAAAACGGUAAUAAUUCUUAAUCGAACUACAAAUCAACGCCAAAGAUCUAAGUAUCUCCCAGUGUCAAUAUUCGUGUAAUAGAUGUUAUAUUUCAAUUUGUAACGCGAUUUAUAGAAUAUCGUUAAGAAGCAAAAAAAGAAUCAUCUGAUUACAAUUAAUGUAGCUUUCGUUAUAAUCAAACCUAUUAUGUUUCUGCAUUAUUGAAAGUGUUAUUGACUCCAUGGCUGCUAUAACGGUCUUUAUUCCGUAUCAUUUCAUACUUUUCAGUUACAAGAUUGAUCUCCAGAUUAAUUCUCAAUAAACGAUACGAAAGUAAUGAAUCAUUACAUUUCAAACGCGAUUAUCUUUUGAUACGUUUUCAUCACUUAUCACAAAGUAUUUUCUAGCACAACGUAAAAACGCAAUAAAAUAGUAGCGUGUAUGUCGCAAACGCCGAGUGAAACGCACGGGAACAUUCGAUCGCAUUCGAUUUUCGAUAAUGCCGCGAUUUUGAUAUAGAGCGUGAGUGAGUGCAAAUUUGAAACCCAUCAUUUCAUUUGGAAAAAAGAGUCGCUUUUUGCGUAAAGUAUUUUAGGAUCGACACAUCGACGAUUUUCAACAUUUGAAGUACUUGGAUAUGAAUAAAAAUAAUAAUAUUUCAUACGAUAUAGUACUAAGAUAUUAUUAAGAAGCUAAUUUGUAUGGAUGAUGGUAUUAACUUUUCUGUUAAUAAACACUUUCUAAGUCAGA